UCUGUCUGUCUGUCUGUCUGUCUGUCUGUCUGUCUGUCUGUCUGUCUAUCUAUCUAUCUAUCUAUGUAUUAGGGGUGGCACGGUACAUGAAAAAACACCCGAACCGUUCGGUUCGCUUAUUUCGGUUCGUAUGUGCGUCGCACAAACCGAGAUAAGCACAAUGUAGCCCCGUGCUCAGUUUAGCCUCAGACAGUUUCACGCGAACAUACAUAUAGACAUUAAAAGUUGAAUAAGGAGUGCUGCAGAAAUGGCAAGUGGAGGAGAUAAUGAAGGCUGCCCGCGUUGUUCAAAUUUCAAGUUACUUUACGAUGACAACAGAAAAAAAAGUAGAUAGAACUGCGACUGUGUGCAAGCAUUGUGCAAAAUGCAUUCAAUAUGCUAAUGGCAACACUUCUAAUAUGACAGUUAAUUUGAGAAGACAUCAUGCCAAUGUGUCGAUAAGCACAAACAGGAGAGCGCCGGUUAGGAAACAACUUUCUGCAGCAUUUAGGCAACCUCUCAGUGAUAAGUCGGACAGGGCAAUAGCCAUAACUAAAACAUUGGGGAUGUUUAUAGCAAAAGAUAUGCAACCGUGCAGCGUGAUUGAGUGUGAAGGAUUUCGUCAGCUGAUGAAUGUACUCGAGCCGCGGUUUAAUAUUCCCUCUCGCCGACACUUUCGCACCACUGCCAUUCCAAAACUGUAUGACGAGACACAGGGAGAAAUUGAAAAAGAAUUGUCCGACACAGCCCACGUAGCUCUCACUACAGAUGGAUGGACCUCCAUGGCCACUGAAAGUUUUCUCACGGUGACCGCUCACUAUAUUACUUCGGAGUGGGAAAUGAGAAGCUGUGUUUUGCAAACACGCCCCAUUUAUGAAAGUCAUAACAGUGAGCACCUUUCUGAAAUGCUGACAGACGCGGUGGUGGAAUGGAAACUCGAGAGGGUAAAUAGCAUAAUUCUUGUUACUACAGAUAAUGCUAAAAAUUUAGUGAAUGCUAUCGAUUUAGCAGUGGGACUUGGGCCACAGAUCGGGUGCUUUGCACACACAGUUAACCUUGUAGCCAAGAGUGCAAUCUCACUAAACCAAGUAUCCCGACUCUUGGAGAAGUUUAGGAAGGUGGUUAGCUUCUUUCACCGAAGCACAGCAGAUGCUCAUGCCCUGAAAACCAAGCAGGAUGGAAUUGCCUGUUCACAAACUAAUUCACGCCUUAACAACUCGUUGGAACUCCACAUACAACAUGUUAGAACGUUAUGUGGAGCAACAGGCUGCCAUCUACUCUCCCGUAAUGGACAAGGAUAUGAAGAAGAAAGUCAAGGACAUUGCAUUAUUAACUGAAAGUGAGACAAAACUGGCAGAGGGUCUCAUUAAUAUUCUCAAACCUCUGAAGAAUGUAAUCACCCUCAUGAGCACAGAAACAUCCCCCUCAGUUUCAAUGAUUAUCCCACUGCAGAAGAUGAUACCAUGACAUCAAGUGCAGAGGACAGUACCACCAUCAAAGAAGUUAAGGCAGCCAUCACUAAAGACCUUAAAGAUACCUAAAUACGGACAUUGAAAAGCAGCAGUGAAGCCCAAGCGGCCAGUUCAUCCUCAGGAGCGGAGCCAAGGCCAUCAGAGACCUCUCCUUCUCAGAAAAAAUCUGCCAUGGCAAUGGUAUUUGCAGAUUUUUUAAAAACAGAUGAAAGAAGAACAAAGCCUUUGUCAGACAUCAUUCAUGAAGAGGUCACCUCAUACAAGGCCACAGGCUGCAUCUCUGUGGAUGAAGACCCACUCGCAUGGUGGAAGAGCAAUGAGCAUAAGUAUCCUCACAUUGCUAAGUUAGCCCAACGUAACCUCGCUGUCCAAGGUUCAUCUGUGCCAAGUGAACGUGUUUUCUCAACAGCUGGGGACAUUCUCUGCCAUUCCAUCUUGGCAGAAAAUGUGGACAAACUGAUAUUCUUGCAGAAGAAUAUGAAAAUUAAGUGAACAGAGGAGUGUUUUUUUUAAUGCAACAUUUUAUAGCAAUUUUGAUAGCCAGCAUUUUUGUUUUUAAUAUUUAAAUAUAUACAGUGGCACUUUAAUCUCUAGUUUCCAAAUACUGCACUUUAAUUUCAAGUGAAAGAAAUGUAUCCUUACUCUCAGGGAAUAGAAGCAUUGUUUAUGCUGUUUUUGUGUUAAGAUGGUUAAACUUACAGUAUGCUUGACUUUAUGAUUAUGGCCUUUGCUAUUGUUAUAGCCUCAUUAUAUUAUGUUAUUACAUUAUAUUAUAUAUUUAUGUUUAAAAUAUUUUGACUUGUUUAAAAGACAGAGCUUAUAAGAGUUCCUCUCUUUUUCUUUACCUUUUUAUUGUAAGAGCUACACUGAAGUUGGCAGUUUGAUAAAUGCAAGUUAAUUUCAGUCUUUGUGUGCUAAAAAGGCACACGUUCCUGUAGAGAUAACAAUACAUAUUCUCCUUUUUUUGCCAAAUAAAUGAAAAGCAUGUCGUCUAGAGGUCUUUGUGGGUCCACUUAGAUCCAAAAACCCGAGGCCCAACCCGAGACCUGAGCGGGUUCGGGUCUAAAAGUUUCAUGUGUGCCUCGGACACGGGUCGGGUCUAAUAAUAGCGCAUUGGGUCUUAGGUAAUUUAAAAUAAAUGUGUUUUUACUGAACAGACCCGAGAAGACCCGAACUACUGUAUCUCGCGUGUGUGCAUCAACUCGAGUCCUUCGUGUGGCUGGCGGUAAGCAAAUUUUAGCUGAAACAGACCUGUUAAUCAAUUUUGAAUCCACUCUUUAGCGGUUACUUUAGUGUAGAGUUAUGCAACAGUUGGGUCCAGUCGGGUUAAAAAAAAUUGCCGUUGGGUCGGACUCUGGUCUAAUUUUUUCGGGUUUGUCUUGGGUCGGGUCUUUCUUAAAAAAAAUAAUUAUGCACGUCGGGUUCGGGUAAAAAGUGCUUCGGGUCACUUCGGGUCGGGUACGUUUUUUUAGACCCAAGAAGACCUCUAAUGUCAUCAUCAAUGUCUUCUCUCUUGCUGUAUCAAAAUCUCACCUAGCUUUUACUCAGAGAUGGUCCCAAUAAUGUGCUUAAAGUCAAGUCAAAUUCGGUUAGUGCAUGAUUACAUUGCAAAAAUGUUAAUACUGUAUCCUAAAUUGUGGAUAAUUAAGCUAAUAAGCUAUAUAUCAAAUGCCGAAGGAAAUUUCUGGAGUGUUGAAAAUUAAAAGAAAAAAUAACAAGAACCAUACAGAACCGAAAACCGUGACCCGAAAACCGUGAUACGAACCGAACUGUGGGUUUUGUGAACCGUGCCACCCCUACUAUCUAUCUAUCUAUCUAUCUAUCUAUCUAUCUAUCUAUCUAUCUAUCUAUCUAUCUAUCUAUCUAUCUAUCUAAACAUUUAUGAUAUGGCUCAAGCUGUGCAUUUCUACACUGUUGUGACUCAGCAGAGUGCACAGCAGUAGACUGAGCACCCAGCCCUGAGGGGCUCCAGUCCUCAGCCUGGUGAUUCUGAGGAUGCUGUUCCUGAUCCAGAUUAACUGAGUUCUCCCAGUCAGGAAGUCCAGGAUCCAGUUGCAGAGGGAGGUGUUCAGGCCCAGCAGGCACAGCUUCUCAAUCAGAAUGGUGAACUAAAUUCUACGAAUAGCAUUCGUACAUAUUGUAAGGCACUCUGAGGGAUGGGACACGGAAGGACAGGCACAGAGACAGGAUUAGAGCAAACAGUGUCAUGGUUUUAUUUUCUUUAAGGUGCCUUUAUUGUCCAGGUGGGUGAUGGCCAGAUACAGCUGUUUUGAUGAUACGCAAACUGCAUGGGGUCCAGUGAAGAACUGGCUCGGAAAACAGAAAUCAAAACACCAAUAAAUAUUCCAAUAAUAGGCAAGGAAGAAAUUGUAAAAGCAAAAUAGAGGCCAACUAAUGGUCAUACACAAAGAGCUAAAUACAGGCAAUACAAAAGGCUUGACAUAAACACAAAGGAAUACUACUUUAUGCUAGAGUUAGCAUGAGAUUUGCUUAAAUGUCUGCGGAGGCCUGAAACAAUUUCGGCCUGGAAGUGGGUUAAAACUCCGGUGAGAGUUUGGAGGGGAGGUAACAGGAUGUUACAAUAUGCUUCUGACCAGCAAGUCCGUACACCAUAUUUAAAGCAAUAUUUAACAAUGAAUGCGAUAUUUAGCACAGUUUUUAACACUAAAUUUCACUGUGCUGUAAUAUAUACUGUACUGUAUCUAUCUUUUUUCCAUUAUUUUUCUUUACAGGUGCCAUUGUAAUGCGAUAAUCAAUGUUAUUCAUUUCACUGGCCAGCAGUUUUAAUGUUAUGGUUGAUCGGUUACAUUGCAAUUACAUGUACAUUUGUUUCUUGUGAUCUUGGGAUCAGAUUAAAAAUUUAAUCUGAACACAGUAACAGAAGCUACUCAAUUCUUAUAAAUUCUUGUAAAACCUAGUCAAAUUCCCUAUCUGAAUCCUAUUAAUAUGCUGUGGCAUGACCUUAAAAAGGCAGUUCAUGCUCAAAAACUCUCCAAUGUGGCUGAAUUACAACAAUUCUGCAAAGAUGAGUGGAUCAAAAUUCCUCCACAGUGCUGUAACAGACUAAUUGCAAGUUAUCGCAAAUAGUUGAUUGCAG